AUGGAAGCUAUGGAGAUUGAAUCAGUUCACGUGGAUUCAGAGGAAUUGACAUCUACUAAUUUAUAUCAUGCUUGCGAAAACAAUAAUAUUGAACAAGUGAUGCGUUAUAUUGAAUCAGCAAAUAUCAAUGAUAUAAUUAAUGAAAAAUGUCAUCCAAGUGGAAGUACUGCCCUACAUAUUGC